AUGAUAUUGAGGUGUGUAGAUAUUUCGACAAGUCCAGUGAAGAUUGAAGAAUUAUUUUUAGGGUUUUUAUUAGUUGAUGAUACAUCAAGUAAGGAGCUUUUUGAGGAAUUGGUGGAUGCUUUGAAUAAUCUAGAACUUGAUAUUGAUAAUGUAAGGGGUCAAGGCUAUGAUAAUGGUGCUAACAUGAAAGGACAACAUAAAGGAGUUCAAAGUAGACUAUUACAACUAAAUCCUAGAGCAUUCUACAUUCCUUGUGGAUGUCAUAGUCUUAGUCUUGCACUUUGUGAUAUGGCCACUUGUUGUUCAAAAGCUAAAUCUUUCUUUGGGGUGAUGCAACGUAUAUAUACUCUAUUUUCUUCAUCUACUAAACGAUGGAAAGUUUUCAAAAAGAAUGUAACUGGUCUUACCAUUAAGCCUUUGUCACAAACUCGUUGGGAAAGCCAUAUUGAAAGUGUUAGAGCGAUAAGAUUUCAAGCUCCAGUAAGCAAACAAUUGCAAGCAGAAGACUUGCAUAUUGAUGUUGUUAUAGACCAUUUAAAAGGCCACAUUUCAUUUUUCAAAAGUUAUAGAGAAUCUGGUUUUGAAUCGGCCAUGGUUGAUGCUAAAGAGAUUGCAAGUGAAUUAGAAAUUGAACCGAUAUUUCGUGAAAAACGGGUUAUACAUAGAAAAAAACAGUUUGAUGAGAUUUCUUCUGAAGAAAUAACACAAACAGCUGAAGAAUCUUUUAAGAUCAGUUAUUUCAUAUAUAUAGUGGAUCAAGCUCUAUCAUCACUUCAGAAUAGAUUUGAGGAAGCGAUAUCUGCAAACAUUUUUGGAGCAAUUAAUGUAUUGGAUUACAUUAAGAAAAUGAACUGUUGUUAUGCAAAUGCCUGGAUUGCUUAUAGAGUAUUAUUGACUAUUCCUGUCACAGUUGCCUUUGCCGAAAAAAGUUUUUCAAAGUUGAAGUUGAUUAAAUCUUAUCUUCGAUCAUCCAUGUCACAAGAGCGAUUGAAUGGAUUAGCUAUGAUUUCUAUUGAAAAAAAUAUGUUAGACAAACUUGAUGUUAGUAGUUUGAUUACUAAUUUUAUAUCUCAAAAUGUGAGAAGGUUAAAUCUUAUGCUAGCCUAA